AUGGCGAGCCUUACUCUCUAUGGAUACUGUCUGUCGUCUUGCUCGGCUAGACUUCGCAUAGCCCUCGACCUGAAGGCGAUCGAUUACAAGCCUAUCUACGUCAACCUGAACAACGGCGACAAUCUCAGAGAUGAAUAUAGUGCAAGAAACCCGUCUCGCUCUGUACCAACUCUGAUGGUCGACGAUUCAUGGUGCAUUCCGCAAUCCAUGGCAGCUUUGGAGUAUCUCGAAGAAGCCUACCCGAAGUCAACUCCUCUUCUUCCUAAAGACGCAAAGUCAAGAGCAGAUGUCCGCACCUUGACGUACAUCAUCACCAUCGACACUCAACCUCUGACCAACGACACACCCACAGAGCAUGCCGAAUCGUCUGGAGCUGACCCAAAAGAGUGGUUGAAGUUCUUCACCGAAAGGGGACUCAAAGCUUUUGAGACUGUGGUCAGCAGAACGGCUGGCCGAUAUUGUUGCGGUGAUAUAAUCACUCUUGCUGACGUUUGCCUGGUGCCUGCUCUGUGGAACGCCGAGAAGAACGGAGUGGCCGUCGAAUCGUUUCCGACCAUUUCUAGAGUUUAUGCUGCUUUGAAGGACCAUCCUUCAUUCGAGAAAUCACAUUGGCGGAAUCAACCAGAUUGUCCGAAAGAGCUGAGAUGA